AUGUCUGACAUCGACGUCCAGAUUCCAACUGCCUUCGAUCCAUUCGCUGAGGCAAAUGCUGAGGACUCAGGUGCUGGUUCAAAAGAAUACGUUCAUAUACGUAUACAACAACGAAAUGGUAGAAAAAGUCUGACAACUGUUCAAGGUUUGAAAAAAGAGUUCAGUUACAAUAAGAUUCUCAAAGACCUCAAAAAGGACUUCUGCUGUAAUGGUACGGUUGUUCAAGACCCUGAGCUUGGUCAGGUGAUCCAACUUCAAGGUGAUCAGAGGAAAAACGUCUCGACAUUCCUUGUUCAAGCUGGCAUAGUGAAGAAAGAGCGUAUAAAGAUUCAUGGUUUUUAAAUGGCGCUGGUGGUCGUGAUUUAAUUGUUUUUGUAAUUGUUGCAACUUUUCUUCCCUUUGUUUUCCCUUUCCAUAUUGGCUCCAUUUUAUUUGUCGUGUUUUAAUAUUUAUGUUUGUUUCCAAGAGUUAUAAACAUUGUGAUCUCAUGAUUUCCAUGGUGGUUAGUAAU